AUGAAAGUCACCCAAUUAUCCUUAUUGGCCGUUGCUGCCGCAGCCGUUAACGGUGCCGUCGUCACCGUCACCCAGCAGAUUCCUGCUACAGUUCAAGGUAUCGUAUACGUCGAGAAUGGCCAAACACAUACCAGUUACUCCUCUGUGGGCGGCGCUGCUACUGACGCCGCUGAUCAAGUUCAAAGCACGAGCACCAAUGCUGUCGCGCAGGUUGCCCAGGCAACUUCCGUUGCGACCUCAUUUUCCACGAGGGACACCACAACAGUGUCUCCAGCUACAACUUCAUCCAGCGGUGAAACUUCUACAGCGGAGGCUGUCACGACCACUUCCACAACCUCAUCGACGCCUUCGUCGUCCUCUCCUUCAUCGUCCGCUUUGUCUGACUUUGCUUCGACAAUUUUGAACGCUCACAACAGCAAAAGAUCGCUGCACAAGGACACUCCUUCGCUUUCUUGGUCGGACAAACUGGCUAGCUAUGCUCAAGAUUACGCUGAUAAAUACGACUGUUCGGGCACUUUGACUCAUUCUGGCGGCCCUUACGGUGAAAACCUAGCAUUGGGCUACGACGUGACCGGUUCCGUCGACGCCUGGUACAACGAGAUCAAGUCAUAUGACUACAACAACCCCUCUUUCUCUUCUUCCACCGGCCACUUCACCCAGGUCGUCUGGAAGUCCACUACUCAAGUCGGGUGCGGGAUCAAGCAAUGCAACAACGCCUGGGGCAGCUACGUUAUCUGCAGCUACAACCCAGCUGGUAACAUGAUCGGCGAUUUUGCUGAUAACGUUGAACCAUUGAAAUGA